UCCACACUUUUAGCCCGCUUCUCGUGCUGAAUUGUUCCCCGCCUCUAUUCUCUACCUACACUCGAGCAACCUGCCAGCACACCAGAAUGCUUCCAAAAUCCCUUGCACCUCAACUUCGCAGCCUCUCUUACAGCCUGCUCGCAGUGCUGAGUGUCUGCCUCGUCCUGAACCUGGGUGCCUUUAUCUUCUCCGUUCGCAUCUUGACACGCGGAACGCGGGAAUACACCUACCUUGCUGGCGACAGACCUCGAGAGCUUCCUCUUAAGGUCCGCACCAUCCAAGCUGCCUUUCACGAUGACCCGUCCCAUUACGGGAUGGAGGGUAUCCCCGCUUGGGCUGAGUGGAACGCAAUUCGCCCUCCCGGCAAGGGCUUCGUUUUUCUAGGGGAGGAGCACUUCGCGUUUGGGGUCUCGAUGUGGCACCAGAUGCACUGCCUCAACCAUAUACGCGCAGCACUUGUCAAUGGGGACGAUGGAUCAGACCAUACAGCGCACUGCUUUCAUUAUCUACGGCAGGGUAUCCUCUGCGCCGCCGACACCACCCUGGAGUCGGGAGGCACGAGUAAGAAUGCGGCUAAUGGUGAUAAAGUUGCCACGGGCGGAGGAACUGUGCAUACAUGCCGGGACUGGAGACAGGUGCAUGAUUGGCUGGAGAAGAAGCAUGAGGGGUGGACGCCGGAUAUGUAUGAGCGGUAUCAGGAGUCUAGCUGAAACAGUUUUAUGGAAACGAGAUAGGGAAUGUGAAUUUGAGGUCUGCGGAUCGUAAGAGGCAUGCAUCAUCUAC